AAGUUAGGUAUACAGUUUUGUGAAAUUUUAAGUAAAAUUCAAGUUAAUAGUGAAGGGAGGGAGUGAAGGUUACUUAUUUUUGUCACUGGAACAUAAAUUCGGAAAUCGUUCUUGAAUAAGAAGCAGCUUAUUCCAAAGGUAGUUUAAAUUAUAGAACUAGAAGUCAAAAUUGAUACUAUUGAGCUGUUGCAACAAAAGUUAAUCUCAACAGAUCUCGAUUGCAUGCUGAUAUCGAGAGAGUUUUUCACUACACAACUUUUAUUUUCAUUUUCCUUACCAAAGUUCUUCCAUGCAGAGGGAGCGCAGAUAUAAUAUUUCCUUAUUAGUGGUAACUGCAGUCGUGACCUCUUGCCGGUUACGGUAGUAAUUAUUGCCAAUAUGAUAUUGUAACAGUAUUUUGGACAAACCCGCCUGAGAUUUACUGUUCUUAUCAUGUAGAUGGUGAUUUAAUUCGGAUAAAAAUAACCCUCGUCGUACUUAAAAUAGCAUAAAAUAUCAAUUUUCCAAUCCACUCUCUAAAAGAAUGAAUUAGAUUAUUUGUUGUUUUUACAAAUUUCAGAUUUAAACUUAUUACUUGAAGUGCCCAAAACCUUUUGUGCAAAUAUAUAGCAGUUAUUCAUUCAAUUAUGUAUUACCUAAUUUUCAUAAUCCUUUAUAAGAGAGUUAAGGGUCCAUUUCUCUCAUCCUAUUUCUACUAACUUUCAAGGCAAAUCGAUAUUUCGUAACCUCCCAAAGUAAUAUUUGACAAGUAAGCUCCAAAGGAAAGGAAUUUGUCAUCAAUGAAGAAGAAAGUAAAUUUAUUGGUAAGUUAAUUUUAUUUAUUUUUCAUUUAUUUCUAAUACCCAUUAACUCUUUGAUUUAUUUAUUAGAAAACAUCAAGAUUGCUUCUAUGUCUCAGGUUAUACAUGAAGAGACUAAUGUCUGAGUCUACAAGUGACUUCUUAGUACUUCCAUCUACUUCAUCAGAAAGUUCUGCAAGAAGUUUUAAAUACAAAGAACAGGUAUAUUCUCUUUUCAAACAAUUAAUUACACAAAAAUAAAAAAGAAGUUGAGAGCCAUUAAUAAAAAGAAAAGUUGCUUAUACAGUCCAUUUGUCACAAUGCGAAAAUAAGUGUAGAAUGCGGUAUGAUGUCAAAUGGGUUUUUAGAAUGUGUACUAUUAUGGAUUAGGCCUAGAUUAUCUGAAAAUAAUAAGUCCUGAUUGUUCUACCCUAAGUAGUACUGCGUCUGAUAGAUUAUCAUCUAAACAGAGUGCAUUACGUUCCCUCGGAAUGCCUAAAACACGUUCCUAAGACAUUAGAAUUAUAAUCUUUAGCCAUUUCUGUCCGUGGAGGAAAAAUUGCCAUCGGGGCUGCAAAAUGUUCAAAAGCUCGCCAUAGCCCGCGUCGACCCCAACAGUUUUCGGAAAAUGUCAUCGUAUUUGGCAACGUGGUACGUUGCUAUAAUAAAAUUUGCCAUUACAUAAAUUUUAUAAAACCUUUUUUUAGAAAGUAAGUCACAAUUUUUGUAACAAAUACUACAUUUUCACAUCACAUGCAGACUGUACUUUUUAAACUUCCAUUAUUCUAACACUGGAACAGUUUUGAAAAAAAUCAUUUUUUAACCUUUGUUUUCUUAUCCAUGCCUAUUAAUUAAAGAUAUUACUUUUCCCCAUAAAGAUCUCCUCCCAUUUGAUUUGUAUGCGGUAGCGUGUUAUAGCCGUACGGCGCCCGGGCAGAUUUGCAUUAGGAGCAGCCCGUUUACGGUGAAUUAUUUGAGGAAAUAUUCUCAGCGGCUCCAGCAAUUACCCUUUUUUGCCCAUAGGAUAACAUAUGGAAUUUGGUUGUUAGAUUAAAUCAGUGGGGUGAUAAACCUUUUCUAAGCUUUGUAAUGUAAUGCCAAAAUAAUAUGGGAUGGUUUAAUUAUUGUAUACAUUUUAUUAAGUCAUAUUGAAUAUUAAAAUAUCUUCAUUUGAAAAAAUAAAUAAAUAAAGCGCGACAAUUCAUUUUUCUGAAUUUAAAUGUAACUGCAUCCUAGCCGCAGCGCUCCUAGUGAGCGAAAGUGGCACUAAACAGAAAAUUUUCUCAGCUUGCCAGCCGUAUUAUGUAAAAACCUUGAUUCGACGAGAAUGGAAUAGGGAUAAAUUCAGAGGUAUGACCGAUUUCUCCAGCGACAAUUCGGUACGAGAGGAAAGUUCAGACAUGAAGCUGUUUAAUAGAGAGAGUCCGAAAUUUAAAGUGUUAUGCCCCGUGUGCGGUAGCGAAUAUCACAACAUUCCUUCCGUUCAGAUGCAUCUCGGUUCUUCUUCUCAGCCAUUUACUUGCGGAAUCUGCGGGAAAGGACUCAAUUGCGAAUUUAAUCUAAAUUAUCAUCUAAAGAAGCACACGUGCGAAAAGCCGUACGUUUGCGAAAUAUGUAGGGAAGGAUUUCACAUAUUUCCUGCCCUAAAAGUUCAUCUCAGAGGACACUUGGGUGACGAACGUUACCGUUGCAACCUGUGCGACGAACAUUUCGUAGUCAGGAUCGAUUUGAAAGAACACCUGAUGCGACACAUCGGUCGCAAACUUUACGAUUUCGUUUGCGUGUGUUGCGGUUGCGCUUUCGCGCGCCAUUCCGCUUUCUGCAGGCACAAGAAGUGGUGCGACGUGAAGUUUAAGAGAGAACUCAUCUGUAGAAGUAGAUGCGCCGAUAGACCAUUUGUCUGCGAAGUGUGCCAUAUCGCUUUUCAGAGCUUCAAAAUAUUAAAGAUGCACCUGGAAAAGCAUUUGGGUACCAAGCCGUACCGAUGCAACUUGUGCGAAGAACAGUUCUCCGACGGGCUCGACUUAAGGCAUCACCUAGUGGGUCACGUGAACGGUAGGAAGUACGAUUCCGAAUAGAUCCUAAAGAAUUUCCUGUGAUUUGAAUUUGAAUAGUCGUAGGCGGGUGUUAAAGAAUUUAAAUUAAGAAUCAAAAGAAUAGUAACGCGCGUCUUGACGUGUUUGUGUUUUACUUGUAUAUUUUGCGAACGGAUAAAAAAAACACGGCACAAGUAUUCGCGUUUCUGUGUAAAUUAUGCAUUUAGAAUGAAUGAAUAAAUUUU